AUGUCGAACAAGCAAGGCAAGAUGGCCGGUUAUAUUAACUGGCGCAUGCGAGUGACGUUGAACGAUGGUCGAGCGAUGACGGGCCAGAUGCUCGCUUUCGACAAGCACAUGAACCUAGUUCUCGCAGAUACCGAAGAGUUUCGACGCGUGAAGAGACGACAAGAAAGAUCUGCGCCCGGCGCAGGCGGCAGCGUCGUCGAGUCCGAAGAGAAGCGCACGCUCGGCCUCACGAUCGUUCGCGGCGCGUACAUUGUAUCGCUCUCCGUCGAGUCACCUCCUCCCGCAGACCCCAGCGCACGACUAGGAAAGAGCGCACCCGGCGGUAUCGCCUCGGCUUUGAGCGCUGGCCCCGGUGUUGCGAAGCCUGCUGGUCGCGGCGCGCCCGCUCCCUCCCUCGCUGGUCCUGCUCCCGGUCUUGGCGGCGGUGCUCCUCCGGGUCUACCUGCAUUCCCCGGCGCUCCUCCUGGCUUUGCUGGUCGCGGCGGCCCCCCCCAGUUCCCUGGCGGAUUUCCUCCUCCUGGUUUCCCAGGCGCUCCUCCUGCUGGCUUUCCUCCUCACGGUUUCCAGCCUCCUCCCGGCGGCGGCCCCCCUGGCUUCAACCCUGGUCCCCGACGAUAG